AUGCAGGUCUGGCAGCCCCUGAACCUCUCCACCGAGUGUCCGCCACAUAUUUCAGGAUGCUUUGAUUUUGCUCCAAUUUUCUUCAGUCUAUUGGUGCAGUUAUAUGGUGGUUCCGUAGACCAGAAGAAGCAGGAGAUGUGCGAUAGAGAAACCAAACCUGAAGCGAGGGAUGGGAAGGAGUAUGACUUCAUAGUAGUGGGUGCGGGAGCGGCGGGCUGCGUCCUUGCUAACAGACUCACUGAGAACUACAAGUGGAAGGUGCUGUUAUUAGAAGCGGGUCCCGAGGAGCCCGACAUCACGCGAGUCCCAAGCCUGGCCAGUACUGCGAUGAACUCCAACAUACUCUGGCAGUACAGCACGGAGCCUAACGGGAAGAGCUGCCUCGCAUUCCCUGGAGGGAGAUGCGAGUGGCCUCGCGGCAAAACAAUGGGUGGGUCGACCUCUGUGAAUGCGAUGGGGUACAUAAGGGGCAACAGAGUCGACUACGAUAUGUGGGCUCGUUUGGGAAACAGAGGGUGGAGUUAUGAAGAAGUGCUGCCAUUCUUCAUAAAAUCUGAAACGAACAUGAAUAAAUACGCAGUCGAUAGUGACUACCACGGGGCUAGAGGAGAACAGUACGUGUCGUGGUUACCUUACGUAGACGAUGCCUCGAGCAUGAUGCUCCAAGCCUAUAAUGAAAGAGGAAUACCUUUCCUUGACUACAAUGGAGCAGAACAGUUCGGCACCAUGCAAAUGCAAUCAUUCACCCUCGAUGGUGAACGUGUGUCUACCAAUGCCGCUUUUAUACAACCUAUCCGAUAUAUAAGGCCGAAUAUCGUUGUUGAAACGAACUCAGAAGCUAUAAAGAUACUUAUAGAUGAUCUUAAAAAUGCGUAUGGAAUCGUGUACUUCAAAGGUGGCAAGGAGUACACGGCGUAUGCCAAGAAAGAGGUCAUUAUUUGCGGUGGAACAAUAAACUCACCAAAAUUAUUAAUGCUAUCAGGAAUAGGGCCGAAAGAACACUUACAAAGUUUGAAUAUCCCUGUAAUACAAGAUUUAGCAGUCGGAGAGAAUUUACAUGAUCAUGUUUCUUUUGAUGGCCUAGUAAUCGCUUUACCAAAUGAAACGGCGACAGUAGUAAGUCAACAAGAGAUAUUGAGGGCCGUCAAGGAACACGCCGAAAUGAAAAUCAAAAGAGGUCCAUUGUCGGGUUUUGGCCCAAUACUGUCGUCAUCAUUUCUGAAAACCGAGCCAUAUUUAACUGCGCCUGAUAUACAAUAUCAAACAAGACCCGUACAAAACUUGAGAGAAUUCCUUAGAGAUCCAGUAGGAGCAUCAAUUAAGUCUUCAUUUACGCCGGCUCAAUACUAUGACGCUAUGAUACCGAGACCUAUGAAUUUAGUGCCAAAAAGUAGGGGCAAACUACUGUUGAAUAAAACUAAUCCAUACGGCCCUCCAUUAUUAUACGCUAAUUACUUAGGUGAUGACAGGGACUUAAUACCUCUGAUGAAGGCCAUCCGAUUUUUGUUAUCUCUGGAAAAUACAGCAGCUUUUCGAUCGCGGGGAGCAUAUUACGUUCGGGAGAAAAUGCCACAUUGCCAACAAUAUGUUUGGGGUACGGAUGAAUACUUCAUAUGCGUAAUAAACCAUUAUACUUCUACUACACAUCAUCAGGUUGGAACGUGCAAGAUGGGUCCGAGUUGGGACAAGAAGGCGGUCGUGGACAGCGAGCUGCGCGUGUACGGCGUGGACCGGCUGAGAGUGAUCGACGCGUCGAUAAUGCCUGUCGUCAUGCGCGGGAACACGCAAGCUCCAACUACUAUGAUCGGGGAAAGGGGCGUUGAUUUUGUUAUCAAAUAUUGGCAAAAUCUUACCAAAAACUACUGUUUCUGAUUUUCUUAAAAAUGACUAGACAUGUAGAUAUAUAUUAUUGCAACAAGAAUUUAUUUCCGCAAAAUAAAACAGUUUCAUUG